GCGUUGCGUAGGGGCGGGGCUUGCGGUCGGCAUCUCUUCCAACUGCGGCUGGAGGCAGCGCCAUUUUGAACGUGCAGCGGCCGCUGGUGUGAGUGGGAACCGGCAGGUUUGCGGCCUAGCGACCUCCUUGUCUUUUCUGGCUUUCUCCUUCCCAAUCGCGUCUCCGUAGGGAGAUAGGGAGACACAGACAUAGCUUUAGGGUUGGCUCCAGGGACCGAGGCGAAGCCCUAAGCUAGGAUGAUGUUGAGAGGAAACCUGAAGCAAGUCCGCAUUGAGAAAAACCCGGCCCGCCUGCGCGCUCUUGAGUCGGGGGCGGGCGAGAACGAGCCGGCGGCUGCCAUGGCGCUCGCGCUGGCCGGGGAGACGGCGCCAUCCGCGCCCGUGCCCGCGCCCGGGGAGGAGCGCCCUGACGAGGAGGUGGGCUUCACCAUCGACAUCAAGAGCUUCCUCAAGCCGGGCGAGAAGACGUACACGCAGCGAUGUCGCCUCUUCGUGGGCAACCUGCCCACCGACAUCACGGAGGAGGACUUCAAGAGGCUCUUCGAGCGCUACGGCGAGCCCAGCGAGGUCUUCAUCAACCGGGACCGAGGCUUCGGCUUCAUCCGCUUGGAAUCAAGAACACUGGCUGAAAUUGCAAAAGCAGAGCUGGAUGGCACCAUUUUGAAGAGCAGACCUCUCCGAAUUCGUUUUGCAACCCAUGGAGCAGCCCUAACUGUCAAGAAUCUUUCUCCAGUUGUUUCCAAUGAGCUUCUAGAGCAAGCUUUUUCCCAGUUUGGUCCAGUAGAGAAAGCUGUGGUGGUUGUGGAUGAUCGCGGUAGAGCUACGGGAAAAGGUUUUGUAGAAUUUGCAGCAAAACCUCCUGCACGCAAGGCUCUGGAAAGAUGUGGUGAUGGGGCGUUCUUGCUAACAACGACCCCACGUCCAGUCAUUGUAGAGCCUAUGGAGCAGUUUGAUGAUGAAGAUGGCUUGCCAGAGAAGCUAAUGCAGAAAACUCAACAAUAUCAUAAGGAAAGAGAGCAGCCACCACGUUUUGCUCAGCCUGGGACAUUUGAAUUUGAGUAUGCAUCUCGAUGGAAGGCUCUUGACGAAAUGGAAAAGCAGCAGCGUGAGCAGGUUGAUAGAAACAUCAGAGAAGCCAAAGAGAAACUGGAGGCAGAAAUGGAAGCAGCCAGGCAUGAACACCAGUUAAUGCUAAUGAGGCAAGAUUUAAUGAGGCGUCAGGAAGAACUCAGGCGCUUGGAAGAACUCAGAAACCAAGAGCUGCAAAAACGGAAGCAAAUACAACUGAGACAUGAAGAAGAGCAUCGUCGACGUGAGGAAGAAAUGAUCCGACACAGAGAGCAGGAGGAACUGAGGCGACAGCAAGAGGGCUUUAAGCCAAAUUAUAUGGAAAAUAGAGAACAGGAAAUGAGAAUGGGUGAUAUGGGUCCCCGUGGAGCAAUAAACAUGGGAGAUGCGUUUAGCCCAGCACCUGCUGGUAACCAAGGUCCUCCUCCAAUGAUGGGUAUGAAUAUGAACAACAGAGGAACUAUACCUGGCCCACCAAUGGGUCCUGGUCCUGCCAUGGGACCAGAAGGAGCUGCAAAUAUGGGAACUCCAAUGAUGCCAGAUAAUGGAGCAGUGCACAAUGAUAGAUUUCCGCAAGGACCACCUUCUCAGAUGGGAUCACCUAUGGGUAGUAGGACAGGUUCUGAAACCCCUCAAACCCCAAUGAGUGGUGUAGGUCCUGUUAGUGGUGGUCCUGGUGGUUUUGGUAGAGGAAGCCAAGGGGGCAACUUUGAAGGCCCUAAUAAGCGUCGGAGAUAUUAAAUAUUCUUUCAUUCCUGGCUAUUUAGAGAGAAAAAAUUCAGUGGUAUGCCUUUACACUUUAACCUGUGACCUGGAAGAAAUGGUUUUUUUUGUUAAUGUCUGUAGACUUUAAAGUUGUUUUUUUUGUAAAACUUGAGGUUUUUGUAUUUUUCUUCCUUCAUGAGCUUUGUAGAUUAGAACGGUAAUGAUGAUGCUCAUCAUUGUGAAUGUUAAACUGUGUUUGUGACCUUAGCUAAAUCUAAGUAUGCCAUAGUACUGUGAAUCUGUGUCGUUACUUAAUCUCAAUAAAGAAAUCAUUUUGGAUAAUUUAAAAAAUGUUAUUAGUGGAAUUCUCUUAUAGUUUUAAUAAACUUUGCUGUAACAGUAAUACUUUGGUUGCUUUAACUAAUCCCAGCCAUUUAAAAAUGAAAAUAAUUUUCUGCUUUUUAGUUUGUGCAAGUAGCACUGAAGACAGAAGCUUAGAGAAAGCUUAUGUUAAUAAGGGGUGAUAGAAUAGUACAUUGGGGGGUAUGGGACUUUACAUUUGUGUAAACCAUUGAUGUUCUGUGAAACCACAGUUGCUGUCUACAUUUCAUAUAGAUUCUGAAUAUUCAAAUAUUCCGAGAAGGAAUAUUAGGGAUAUCUGUCCUGUGCUGAUUUUUCCAAAUAAAUCUUUUCAAUCUUGAAAAAAA